AUGCGUGCGUGGGGACAUGGUGAUCCCGAGGAAGAUGAGAUUGAUGGCAUUCAAAAGUCCAUCUCUGAGAUCCUUGAAGAGCAUGGGCCGUCCGUGGGGAUUGUGGGAUUUUCUGCGGGAACAGCUGUCGCGGCUCUGAUUACGUCGCUUUCAGAGAAAAGGGAGUCUGUGUUUGAUCUGAAGUCUAAGACGAAACAUCCGCCUUUGGAAUUUGCCAUUGGCUUCAGUAGUUUCAAAUUAGAGAAAAAUUAUUUUUUGAUCCUGCAUACGAAUCGAAAUCCAGACGCCCCUCUCGAAUGCUGUCGCGACUAUGAAUUCGAUGAUCGAUCCGGCCCAGUCGCUCCACGUACAAGAGUUCUGGGAGACCCCGUACCUGUACCAGUUUACUGGGAUACAUUGUAUUCCACGGAGUCGGGAUUUCUUAAUUGUUUUAGAUGA